GCAUGCUUGACAACGAAAUGUCUUCCGAUGUAAACAAUCUUACAAAACGAGCAUGUUUCUGAAAGUUUCUACCUUGUUUUUAGGAAGACGUGCCGUUGUCAGGUCAAAACAUUAUUCAUUCCGAUACCUUCACUACGUACAAGGUCAGGAACCAGAGCCAAAAAUACGGGAAUACUUUUAUUUCAUUGAUCACCAAGGCCAAUUGUUUCUUGACGACGCAAGGAUUAAAAAUUUCACAUCUUGUUUCAAAGAAAAGGACUUUUUGGUUUUCUUUUUCAAACGACUGAGAUUGAAUGAAAGUGACAGAUAUGCAGAUGAAUUUCCCUAUCUUUCACCAUGUGGUAGAGAAAGGAACUUUAUAAGAUGUGAUGAUAAACCUAUAGUGUAUACACACCUGAUCGAAAGUGAUUCUGGAGAAACUCUCUUAUCCUUUGGGGGUGCUGGCAAUGCAAUGACCACAGAAUUUCUACCCUCGAGGAUAUGCAUGCUCCCAAACACUGGAAGAGUUUACCACCCCGCCCCAGCCAAAGUCGGGGGCAUUGGACUAAUCAAAUCAAGUCUUGCCAUAGAGCUUAGCAAAUAUUUCGAGUUUGAAAAUGGUGAAGAUAACCCUCCCACUCUCUUUACCUGGAAGGGGGAGAAGCUUCGGUUGACUAAUGAUUUAAUCGACCUAAUGGAUAAGUCUCCCUUGGAGAUCAGAGAACUUCUGAGUAAUAAGAAUUGAACUUGACUGUGUGAUUGUUCUUUUUAAUGUCAAUGAAGAAAACUUGAUAAUUGAAAGUGUUACAGAUUUUCCUUUUAAUUUAUUCACACUGCAUAUGUAUGAUUUGUUUAAAUUACUUAUAUAGGCAUGCAUCAACAUUGUUUUAAAUGUUCUUAUUACAGUAAACCAUUUUUUGAUGUGAUAUAAAAUAGUACAGAUAUUGAUGAAUAUUGAUUCAUGUCAUAUGAUAAAAAUAAGAAUUUGUCUAUCCAAGAAAUGUAUAGCGUACUGUCUUAUAUAUUACAUGUAAUAAUACUCUGAUAUACAAUGUUGUUGUUAUUUGUUAUGCAUCAAAUAUGAAUCAUUUCUG